AUGAGCGACCGAGUUCUGGUGGAAAGUAGGUUCAGCCAGGCUCGCGAUGGACCUGAAAGCAUGGCAGCUGUUGACGAACAUACCUACGCGCCUCGACCGGUCUUGAGCAUCACAUACAAGCCUAAGAAUGAUUUCUUCGGUAUUGGGUUCAAGCCUCUUGCGGGAUCCAUGGCGGGGGUGCCGAAGUCGCAGGGAUUAGUAUCCAAAGCUGCCGACGGUACCACAUUGCCCCGAGGGCAUGCGUUUGGCACAGGCGCUCUAGAUGAUGACGAUGAUGAUGACGAUGUGUACAGUCGGAGUGAUCUUUCGAUGUACGAUCAAGUGCUGGGUGCGAGUGACGCCAUCGCCAAAUCGAGGACGAAACAUUCGACAAUACAAGAUGCUACAGCCCGCAAUACCACUGAUGUGGCACUCUGCUACGAUAAGCGAUUGCCCUUGGACGGCUUUGAUAUCGUCCCGCAAUCGUCCGUGGAGAUAACGGCAUGGUUCCCAGCGCCCCCCGUGCCUUCCGAUUUUGUACCCAAUCCUAUCCGUGCCAAAACUGCCGCACUAAUGAAUGACCUUGGAACCUUGACAUCACGACAAAGAGGCGAUCUGUUGGGCGACACAGCGGAUGGGAGUGGGCAAUCAGGCAAGUCAGUAUGGGCGUUUGUAACGCCCCAAGAACGUCUGCGGAUCAAAACACAGGCCGCUUCCACUGCCGACAUCCCAGCCAAACCCGAGUCUGGGUCUUCUGCGGCCGAGCCAAAGCUGAGUCACAGCACGAAGCACAGUGCGAUAGCUACUGCUGAGGCUAAGCAACCCUUGCCACCAACUGGACCCCCACCGCCACUGCAGGCGCCAAUCGGACCACCGCCGACGGUGGCAGAUAAUGGGUUCAUUCAUCCGUCACGAAGGAUGCCUGGCUCUAUACCUACACACACGCCCAGCUCUACUAGACACACACCCAUCCCUAUCUCUGUAAAGGAUAUUCCUGUGCCCAUAAAGAACACGCAUACUAUGCCUGCCAAGCCACCCAGGGGAGCUAGCAGAUGGGCGUCUGCAGCGACGGCUGUGGACAGUACUGUGGGGAGUGUUCAGGUGCAGGGGAAAGGUACCGAACUUCCACAGAGAGAGGCGAAGACGAUUGACUUGGUCACCGAUGCGUUAAGACCCGAAGCGGCGCAGGCGGCGCUCAACAGUUUGUUCAAUCCGUUUCCGAAUGACCCGCUCAAGUGGGAGCGGUACAGCAUAUUCCUGAGGAUACACACAGAAAAGAGUGCUGAAGAAGUUGUGCUCGCCAGUAUAGCACGGCAUGUGACGGAAUGGGUGCCUGACAAACUACUCUGCCGUAGAAUGGGUAUCCACCUCGCGUCACAGGAAGCCAUUAUACCUGAAGCGCCCAUCAAGAAAGGCAUCUCAUUCCGAGAGGUGGACCCGUCGUACCGUAAUGUACCGCUAUCUCCUCACAUCAAAGAGGAGAGCGAGACACAUGGGGCACCCAGUGUCGAUGCAGCCGGUGUCAAGGCAGAGCAGGUGGACGCAGAGUUGGACGACCCUACCCCAGCCCCCGUCAAGCCGCCUAAGGAUCUGUUCUCAGCCGUGUUUGGCGACGACUCGGAGAGCGACUCUGACGCGGAAAGCAACGCGGAUGAGACGAUCGAGAAACACACAGUGAAAGUAGAGCCGGGUUUAAAAAUAGAACAGAACCCGUCGGCGAGCAUUGCAAAGGCCGCUGUAGAUAGGGGGAUUAUUGGCCCCUCUAUGCCCCCUUCAAUCCCUUCUAUUGCCCCCUCAAUGGAUGCCAUAGCUGUCGUGGAUACGCAGAUGGCUGUGACCGCAAAACACAACGAGCAGCCGAUAUUGCUCGGCCGUCUUAAAGGGCUGGCAGAACGAGGCAUUGGUGGAGUGGCAAGUAUACCUUCCGAGGCCCCACAGACACCACCCCGUCACGUGUUCGCGUUACGAUCAAAACAUGUGGGUAAGCCGUUAGACGGCAGCCUACACAAUACGUCCAGUGACAGUUACAGCGACAGUAGCUCAGCUGAUGCUUGGACUAGCGGGGGUGAAGAGGGGCCACGAAGGGGGUCUACAGGGGGCCGGAAAAGGGGGGUGGAUAGGAGGAGUAAGGAGAACAUAUCGAGAAAAGACGACAGGAGUAGUAAAAAGCGUAAGCGGAGGCGGGAGGAGGAGAAGGAGAGGGAACGCAAACGGAGACGCAAAAAGAAGAAACGUAGAAACGAGGACAAAGAUAGAAGCCACAAGGAGAAGAGGAGCAAAGACAAAGACAGGGAUAGAAGUAACGACAAGCGCAAACACCGUCGCCAUCCGAAGUAGCAGGUUUGAAGUGUAUACAUGCGACAACCCUAAACCCACAACCCUAAAACGUGUAUUUAGUGUAAACCCAAGUCUGAACGUAUUGAGAAUGCAAUCGAUUGCAUCACAACGCGCUGGAAACAUGCUGUGCAGAGCCGGCGAGCAGUCGAAUUAGUUGUCCAUACAUUAACGCAAAUGUCAGCGGAUUUAGGAAUAAACGAGUCGACCGUG